CCGCAUGAGGUCAGUGUUGUCUGCAUACUCCAUUGGCAAAUGUUUGCGUGUGUGGUAAUGACAGAAGGGGCGUCGGAGAGGGAGGUGGCGAAUUAUACACAACAACAAGACAAACUGGUAGACAGUAGUAGGACGAAGUGGCUCCGCUAUCUCUCCAAGCAUUCCUGGGUGGAAGGAUCGGAAACUUUGCAAGCGCUACCAUCAAGCAGCUUGUGACUAAAUAAUGAUAACGAAGUUAGCUAGCUAGCUAACGUUACGUGUAAAGGACAUGCGAGAGGAUCCACUCAAAUUGUUGGCUAGGACUUUAUCUUGAGUGCCCAACGAGCGCAACCGAGUUACAAAAGCCGGCUGUACGGAACGUUACCUUGUGGCUGUGCCCAGCCCCCCCUCACCGGCCUGGUGCAAAGAGAGAAAAAAGAAUCUGGUCGACGUUUCCUUCAUAGGGCUUCGAAGUUGCUUUUUCCCGUUAGUUUUCCGCGUUUGCUCUCGAAUUUGGAUGACAUUUUGCAGCCUGCUGAACUUACGUUAGCUAGUUGCUGGCUAACUAAGCUUUGGAGCCUCAUCUCACUAACACUCCUUUGGGAAGGGUUGCGUUUUUGUUACGGAUACCGGGACAAGAAAUAACCAGCAGGUUGGGAUUUUAAUUUGAUUUCCAGUGAAUGCGGAAUUUUCUCGUGAUUGCGAUUACUAGUUAGUGUUUUCUAAUUUGGUAAGUUAAUGUAGCCGGCUAUCAUUUGAUUAACAGCGAACUGAAUUCACGCAUAAAGUUUUUUUGUCUGGAAUAAAGACAAGUUGGAAACAAGCUCGUUAUAGCUCGCUAGUUCUGGCUUUUAAUAUGUAUCGAACAGCCUACUGGCCUAGAAAAGUUUUAGCGCUUAUCUUAAAUCAAAACACUUUUACCUUUUGAUUCGUAAUGUUUUAUAUGUAAGCUUGAAAGCACAAAACGAUGUUCACAAAUAGGGAGCAAGUAAUAUAACGUUACUGGGUAAAUAAUACAACGUUAAUUAGAGGCAGCUAUCACGUGUUAUAUUUUAAUUCGUUUGCUAUAUAUCUAGCUAACAACAAGCAUCAAAGUAAACAAUCGUCUUUUUGGAUGGAUUAGAACACGCGAAUGCCGUACAGUUACCGAGGCAAGUGGGACGUUUAGCUUGAUAACGACGAAGGGGGGUAUUACGUCGUUUUCUUUUACUUUAAUCUGCGGUUUUUAUUCUCUAGAUCGACUUCCCAUAGGUUGGAUUUUUUUAGUCUGAUCGCUUUGUCAGCCUGGGUGGACACAGACUUGUGCUAUCCCCUUCCUCCCCCAACACCCCCCCCCCGUCUUUGUCCGAUGCGGAGUAUCUGAGCAGCCCCGGUGUCCUUCCCCCUGCGGCGACCGGAGAUGCUGAAGUGUAUCCCCCUGUGGCGCUGUAACCGCCACGUCGAGUCGGUGGACAAGCGUCAUUGCUCUUUACAAACAGUGCCCGACGAGAUAUUCCGCUAUAGCCGCAGCCUGGAGGAAUUGCUUCUCGAUGCCAACGAACUCAAAGAGCUGCCAAAGCCCUUCUUCCGUCUGCUGAAUCUGCGCAAGCUGGGCCUGAGUGACAAUGAGAUCCAGAGACUGCCUCCUGAAGUGGCCAACUUCAUGCAGCUGGUUGAACUGGACAUCUCCCAAAAUGACAUUCCUGAGAUCCCUGAGAGCAUUAAGUUUUGCAAAGCGCUGGAAAUUGCCGACUUCAGUGGAAACCCACUCUGCAGGCUACCUGAUGGGUUCACUCAGCUUCGAGGGCUGGCCCACUUGGCUCUCAAUGGUGUGUCACUGCAGACCCUGCCUAACGACAUUGGAAAUUUGGCGAACUUGGUAACACUGGAGCUGCGGGAGAACCUGCUUAAAUCCCUGCCCACGUCCCUCUCAUUCCUGGUGAAGCUGGAACAGCUGGACCUGGGCAGCAAUGGACUGGAAGUCCUGCCAGACACACUGGGGGCCCUGCCCAAUCUACGGGAGCUUUGGCUGGACCACAACCAGCUGUCCACAUUGCCACCAGAUCUGGGGAAUCUGCGGAGGCUGGUGUGUCUAGACGUGUCGGAAAACCGUCUGGAGCAGCUGCCCUCCGAGCUGAGCGGCCUGCUGGCUCUCACCGACCUGCUGCUCUCCCAGAACCUUCUGGAGGUCCUCCCUGACAGCAUCGGGUGCCUGAAGCAGCUGUCCAUCCUGAAAGUGGACCAGAACCGGCUGACCCACCUGACUGACUCCAUUGGGGAGUGCGAGAAUCUGACUGAGCUCAUGCUGACUGAGAACCUGCUGCAGGCGCUGCCUCCCUCGGUGGGGAAGCUGAAGAAGCUGACCAACCUGAACGUGGACCGGAACCGCCUGGCCGGCGUGCCCGCGGACCUGGGCGGCUGCUCCAGCCUGAACGUGCUGUCGCUGCGCGACAACCGCGUGGACAGGCUCCCGGCCGAGCUGGCCAACGCCACCGAGCUGCACGUGCUGGACGUGGCAGGGAACAGGCUGCAGAACCUGCCCUUUGCACUGGCUAACCUCAACCUUAAGGCCAUGUGGCUGGCGGAGAACCAGUCCCAGCCCAUGCUCAAGUUCCAGACCGAGGAUGACGAGAGCACAGGGGAGAAGGUGCUCACCUGCUACCUGCUGCCCCAGCAGCCCUCCCCCAGCCUUGAGAACCUGCUGCAGAACAGUGUGGACGACAGCUGGACAGACAGCAACCUGAACCGCGUGUCCGUCAUACAGUUUCGGGAGGAGACCAAGCCUGAGGAUGAGGAUGAGGAGACGGCUGCUGAGCGCAGGGGUCUACAGCGCAGAGCUACGCCACACCCGAGCGAACUGAAGGUGAUGAAGAAAGUGAUCGAGGAGAGGCGGAAUGAGGCGUACACAGCCAGACCCGACGAGGACGUGGACACCCCCGACACGGAGGAGAAACGUCUGAGUGGGCUGUCCAAUCACAGCCAUGACUCCCAGGCAUCCAAUAGCACUGCCUCUGCUGCCUCCCAUGAGGAGAGGCAAGAGCUGACCACUGCAGGGGAGGCGCCAGUGAAUGGGGAUGCCCAGGAACAGGAAGAGGAGGAACUCGAUGAGAUGGAAGUAGAAUAUAUUGAGCCCACAGUGCACUUUGCGGAAGAGCCCAUCAUUCGGGGGGGCGAGGAGGAGGAUGAUGACGGGGAGGAGGAGGAAGACGGAGAGCGGAGCGACCAGGAGGAGCAGCCCGCCUUCCCCAUGGAGAAGCAGCGCCUGAUCCGCAAGGACACCCCACACUACAAGAAGCACUUCAAGAUCACCAAGCUGCCCAAACCCGAGGCGGUGGCCGCCCUGCUGCAGGGCUUCAGCCCCGACCGCUCGCCCCACCCACCGCACCCCGCCCCCGAGGGCGAGGAGGAAGAGGAAGAGGAAGAGGGGGGCCUCGCCGCCCGCUACCCCUCCAUGACAGAGGAGCCCGAGCCGGACGAUCGGAGGGCAACCGACAGGGUCAACUCGUCCCUGCAGCCUGUCAAGGGGGUGUCAUUUGAUCAAGUCAAUAAUCUGCUGAUUGAGCCUGCUCGAAUUGAGGAGGAAGAGCUCACCCUGACCAUCCUACGCCAGACUGGGGGACUGGGCAUCAGUAUUGCGGGGGGAAAAGGCUCCACGCCCUACAAGGGGGAUGACGAGGGCAUCUUCAUCUCCAGGGUGUCUGAGGAGGGCCCAGCAGCUCUCGCCGGAGUCAAAGUGGGAGACAAACUACUGGAGGUGAACGGCACGGACCUGCAGGGGGCAGAGCACCACAAGGCCGUGGAGGCCCUGCGCAGCUCGGGCGUGGCCGUUUCCAUGACGGUGCUGAGGGAGCGCAUGGUGGAGCCGGAGAACGCCAUCACCACCACGCCCCUGCGGCCCGAGGACGACUACUUCCCCCGAGAGCGGCGCAGCGGCGGGCUGCCCUUCUGCGUGGAGCCCCCCUCCCCCGGGGCCGGCCGCCAGCGCCUCUCCACCUGCCUCGUCCGCAACGACAAGGGCCUGGGCUUCAGCAUCGCCGGGGGCAAAGGUUCCACGCCCUACCGCACGGGGGACACUGGCAUCUUCAUCUCCCGCAUCGCCGAGGGCGGGUCUGCUCACCGCGACAGCAUACUACGCGUGGGAGACAGGGUCAUCUCCAUCAAUGGUGUAGACAUGACAGAGGCCAGGCAUGAUCAGGCAGUAACGCUGCUUACCGGCACCUCCCCCACCAUCACCCUGCUGGUGGAGCGCAGCCUGGCCGAGCCGCCGGGCUCCCCCGCCGCCUCGCGGACCCGGCCGCACUCGCCCCCGCCGCCGGAGCCCGCCGACUCCCCCGACCAGGAGGAGCCCGGAGAGGACCGCUGCGGCUCCCCGGAACUCAACCACCUGAGCCGGCCGCUGGAGGACGAGUACCCCAUCGAUUACCAGAGAAAGUGGUGGAGGGAAGUUAUUUUGGUGAAGGCAGGUGGCCCACUGGGGCUGAGCAUUGUGGGAGGCAGUGACCAUGCCAGCCACCCGUUUGGAGUCCGUGAGCCCGGGGUUUUCAUCUCUAAGGUCAUCCCUCAGGGCCUGGCGUGUCGGAGUGGGCUGCGGGUGGGCGACCGCAUCCUAGAGGUGAACGCCAUCGACCUGCGCCACGCCACGCACCAGGAGGCCGUCCGCGCCCUGCUCUCCAACAAGCAUGAGAUCCGCAUGUUAGUGCGCAGGGACCCUGCGCCCUCGGGCAUGGAGGAAAUCUUGAUCGAGAAGCAGCCCGGCGAGAAGCUCGGCAUCAGCAUCCGCGGCGGCGCCAAAGGACACGCCGGCAACCCCUUCGACCCCACCGACGAGGGCAUCUUCAUCUCCAAGGUGAGCUCCAGCGGGGCGGCCGCGCGGGACGGGCGCCUGCGGGUGGGCAUGCGCAUCCUGGAGGUGAACAACCACAGCCUUCUGGGCAUGACGCACACGGAGGCCGUGCGCAUUCUGCGCAGCGUCGGGGACACCCUGGCCGUGCUGGUCUGCGACGGCUUCGACCCCCGCGACGCGGCUGCCGUGGAGGCUUCCCCUGGAGUGAUCGCCAACCCCUUCGCUGCGGGCAUUGUCCGCAAAAACAGCAUGGAGAGCAUUUCAUCCAUCGACAGGGACCUAAGUCCAGAGGAGAUGGAGCUCAUUCAGAAGCAGGAAGUAGAGAUGGUGCGGGAGGCUUCACAGUGGGAGAAAGAAGAGAUUGAGAAAGUGGAGCGCAUGCGCCUGGAGCGCGAGGAGGCCAACCGCUUGCUGGAGGAGGAGGCUGAGAACUUCAACACAGGUCCCCUCAAAUUGGACUACAGGACGCUGGCUGCACUUCCCACCACUAGCCUGCAGAAGGUCAACCAGUCAUCUCUCUCUGCCACUCUGGCUGCCCCCAUGGAGGCCUCCCUUCAGACCCAGCACAGUGCCCCUCUUGCACCCCUUGGCUUUGAGCUGUCGGGCCCCUCAGCAAACGGGUUUUCGCAGCAAAGCUUUUUCCGCACGGAGCCCUGCGUACCGGGCACCACCACCGCCCCACUCUCCCAGUCCCCUUCCGACGAUGGCGCGGACUCCCCGGCCGUCUUCGUUUCCAAAAUGCCCCCCAUCACCAUCUUGGGACCGCCUCCCCACCAGGCACAAAACAUCGCCACACUGCCCUCAGACGAUCCCGUCGCCCAAACACAGAAAGCCCAGCCGCCGCCUUUGGCCGGACAGGAAGUCCCGCCUCCCGAUGAGGGGGAAGAGGAGGAAUGUCUGGUGGACUCGCAGCCCAUCUGCUUCAAGGAGAACCCCUUCCUAGUGGCCAACCGCAAGGGGAAGGGCCGCCCCCAGGCGGAGCGUGUCCUGUCGGGGCCCCCUGUGGGCUACGGCCAGCGCGGCCAGCUGCAGACCUGUCUGUACAGCAAGGAUCCUUCACCUGAGCCUCGGGGAAUUAAGAGCCCCAGUAGAGAUGUCAGCUACCCCUCCAGCCCCCAGCCCGCGAGCAUUCAGUUCACCUCGGGUAUAGUUCCCAAGGACAACUCAUCAACUAAACCAGGUGUAAUCCAACCUGCAUCUCGCAAGUGGCAGAGUACCUCUCCAGUCAAUCAGGAUGACUGGAGCAGUCCAAGUCCCUUCCAGCGUGGUCCUUCCCCCAUCAACUCCCAAACCCCUCCUCGUGCCCCCACCCCCCCCUCUCCCGACGAGUUCCCUACCAAUAUUAAGCAGGCAUACAAGGCCUUUGCGGCCGUGCCCCACUCUCUGGCAGUGCAGCCGACGCAGCAGGAGCAUUUUGGCCAAAGGAACAACAUACAGCACAAGCAGGCUUCACCAGAGCUUGAGGCGGACAGUGAGGUGUUUUUGGACCGGGGGGACGGGGACGCGGCAGAGGGGGAUCUGGCAGCCCCCGCUUCCCCUCGCCCGCCCCUCUCCCCUGACCGCAGGGAGUACAUGAGCUUGGCCGCCGUGCCACGCCUCUCCCGACCCUCCCUGGAGAUGCAGUCACCUAUGACCAGCGGUCAGGGCAGUCCAGAACAGCGCUCCUUUAGAGAUCGACAGAAGUACUUUGAGAUUGAUGUGAAGCAGCAGACACCCGAGAGUAAGCCCAAGCCCAGAGUCUCACUGGUUGGGGAGGACGAUCUGAAGAAGAUGAAGGAGGAAGAAGCAAGGAAGAUUGACUUUAGUCCCCGGGACUAUCUUCUGGAUGAGGAGGAGGAGGAAGAGGAUGACCUAGCUAAGCAGAUGGCAGAGAUGAAGGCCCAGGGCAAAGUGGUGUUGGAUGGCGUGGAGUAUAAAAUCGAGAGUGUGAGCAACCAGAGUGCUUCCUCUCCCAGACACUGUGCUACGCCUCCAAGCCAUUUCGCCACACCCCCAAGCCAUUACGCCACACCCCCCAGCUCAGGGCCCUCAUCUGUGGAUGGUAAGGGAGACUCCCAAAGAAAUUCCCUGGAAGAUGGUUUCAGAAUGGAGCAGAGGCCCAAUUCCAUGACUGGACUGAGCCCGGCCUACCCCGGUGAGCCUAGCGCCCCGAUCCGCACGGCCAAGGCGGAGCGGCGACACCAGGAGAGGCUGCGCAUGCAGAGCCCCGAGCUGGCGCCCGCCCCGGACAAGGACCUGUCACCCGCCGAACGACGGGCCCUGGAGGCAGAGAAGAGGGCCAUGUGGCGGGCGGCACGACCGCACGGUCUGGAGGAGGAUGUUAGACAGUAUGAGCAAGACCUGGCUAAAAGGCUGUACCAGACCAGAGUGAGGGCAUCUCAGGGUGGCUCCGUACCCCCUCAGCCCACCGCCACCACCCAGCUCAGAAUGAAGUCUCUGGAGCAGGACGCUCUGAAAGCCCAGAUGGUCAUCGCCAAAUCCCGGGAGGGCAAGAAGCGCUCCACCCUGGACCAGCUGACCGAGUCGCCAUCGCCGGCCCCCACGCCUUCCCCCACUCCGCUGGAGGAUGCCAGCCCUCGAGGUGUGACUUCACCAGGCAGACUGUCCCUGUCACAAAAGAAGUUUGACUACCGACAGUUUGCUGCAAUCCCUUCUUCCAAACCUGUAUACGACAUCCAGUCUCCUGAGGCUGCAGACAGCAUUCAAUUUAUCGAUGACGCUUCCAACAGCCCAGCGCCCCCUGCUGCCCUUGAGUCAGAGGUGCCCCUCCCACUGCCCGCGUCCUCUGCCCUGGAGGAAAUGGCGCUCUACAGCAACAAGCGCAAGCUGAGGCAAGGGCGCCGGAGCCUGGAAACGGCCGUGCCCACGUAACAUUACUCACAUCCAGAAGACACAUCCAGGCCCCCUUGGACCAGACACACACACACAGGAACACACUUACAGACAGGCCAGAGCUCCAACACUGCAGAGCCUGCUUUAUAAAUAGACACAUAGAAAUACACUUUAGCACAUCAGAUUGGCCGAUGUGUUUCCAUGGAAAUGCUCACAGAGAAGCUCUCCUGUCCUGCAUGCCAGUCCUGAGUCUGCUGGAUUGACUGGAAAUGAGGAACACCGCAACCACAGUAGCUUCUGAUUGGUUAAGGAGAGUGACAGUGUGGGGGGGGGGGUUAACUUUUCUUAAAAAAGACCACCCAUUUUUUAAACCCAUAUUUGUAAUUUGUUUUUCAGUUUGCGUUUUAGAAGCUGAAUUAUUUUAACUGGAGACUAAUAUGUUUUUAUUUUCUGCUUCCUCCGAUUUUGCUGUUUUAAAAAAAGGAAAAUAUGGAGGAAAAAAUGAAAAUGAUGAAUGAGGUAGCUGUUAUACUAACUGUAAAUCUUUUGUUAAUUCGUUUUUUCGAGGUUUUCAGUUGCAAGGUUUGGUGUUGGGAAAAGUGAGGACGGAGAGAGUGUAAAUACGAGAGUGGCUCAAACUUGCCAGACUACUUACCUGAGGGAAGUAUGGACAUUCUGCUACCUUCCCUGCCAGCUGAACAUAGGGCAGUUCAAACACACCUUUUCUCUGUUGCUUUCAUGCAUUUUAAUUUUUUAAAAGAAAAAAGGAAUUGGUAAACUGAUGGUAAACUGAUACUACAAUCUAAGACUUCUUUUAAAUGUAAUUGUACAUAUUUAAGAUAUUUGAUGCUAUGGAAUGAUUUGGUUAUUCCCACAGGGAAGAUGAUUUUUUGUUAAUGGAACCUCUGGAUUAAUCACAAAUAGAGUCUUUGGUGCAAAUCUGUAGCUUUGUACAAAUCAUCCUGAACACUGAUUGAUGAAAUUUGGUAGAACUGGUUGAGAUUAUUAUUAAUCCAUUCAUGUGGAUUCAUGUGAAUAGUGCAGAUUUAUACCUAUAACUUUAUCGCAAUACAAAAAAGUGACAUUUUUCAAAAGAUUAAAAAAUGUAUAACUUGUCCCAUGGUGAAGACUGGAAUUAUGGGAUUGUCUCUUCAGGUGUAACCAUUGUAGUUUUAAGAGGACAUCUUAAAGUACAGCAAUCUGGUGUACACAAUGAAAAAGUACUGUUCAGAAUGACCCAUUAAAUAAAAUGUAAGUUCAGUGGAGCAUUAGUUAUUUAGCAUAGAAUUUUCUGGUGAGGUGUAAAGCCUCACUAAUAUAUGGUCCAAGCAUUCAAGGGUUUUUCUGAGAUGAACUUAGUAGGCAUUAUUAUAGACAGGUGGUUUUUUAAAUUAUAGUUCUAUUGCAUAUCACCUGUCCAUUGGGAUGAGUAAUUCCAAGGUUCUAAGAAUGGAUUAUAUAGUUUUAUAAAUUCUUUUGUAUCUAGUCCUCUUGAAAGUAUGUACAUUAACUACUUUUACUGACCGCAGUGAGGGAAUAGUAAAGAAUCAACUAGAGGCCUAGACUAUGUAUGGUUUUGCAACAUUCCUAUUCCAACUAAGAAGAGUAAUCUGGAGAGACCAGGAGGCAAACACACACGCAUGCGCACAUACAUACACAAAUCUGCUGCAUGGUACACCUGGAUAGAACAAUGUACCAUUUGUUACCAAAUGAAACAAAAUGCUCGACUCAAGCCUAUUGAAUUAAAACAGGGUGCUGAAUCCCACAAACUAGAAUUUAUAGAGUGAAACGGAUAACACUCACUGGAAUACUUAUAAACUUUUGGUUUAUUCCAUGAAUAUAUGAGGCACGAUAUCAAAAACACUUUGGCACGAGCCUUCUUCAGUGUACUCACGUGCAAAAAAGAAUGAAAUGACUCAUUUUGUAUUGCUUGUUGAGCACACUAGAAGGCUUGUGACUAAAUGUUUGUAUAUAUCAUGCUUCAUGUAUUCAUAAAAUAAAUCAGUAGUUUAUAAGUUUUCUACUGAGAGCUGUCUGUUUUUCUCUACCAUUAAAUUGCACAACUGUCAUAUAUAUUCUGCAUACAUACUUUGAUUGCAUUUUGGUGUCAUUCUCCUCUUCUAUGGGCAUUACUGAAGUGCUAACUUAACCUAAGGUUAUCUGUCCUCAUGACUGUUCAGCCCAUCAGGCCCAGGAAGGUAGCAGGUGUUUGAUUUCCCUCCGUUGGAUUACAGUAAUCUGAAGCCACUGAAAUCCUCUAUUAACAUGUGAAUAAUGUACAGAUACUGAGAGAGACCAACAAAUGGUCAAAACUGAGCCAAUCUAUGUGGAGACAAUGCCAGUGUCUAGACUGCCAGACAGGCUGGGCUGGGUCUAGACAGGGAGAUCCCUGUACAUUGGCACAGUUAAUGGAUGCAUCUUUUAGUCCAAGACAAGACAAGAUAGACUUGUAACUCAAAACUGUAUUUCAUUUUAUUACUCUCAACACAUUCUGUCUUUCUUUCUCGUUUUCCCUUAACGAAAGGUCUGAUAGCUCUGUUAAGGAAUCAUGGUAAAUAGCUCUUUAUGAAUUUAAGUUACUAAUUUUAUCUGUUCGUUUUUGUCUUGCUGACUUGAAAAUCAGUUUGGGCCAUAAUUUGUGAAUGGAUAUUUUUAAUUAGAUAACAGUCUCUGGGAUUUUCCAAGCACAUGGGAUUCACUGCAUUUAUACACAGAAACAUUUGAUUUGUUCUUUUACUCUUUGAAUUGGUCUCUGAAUUCCCUUGAAGAGCUCUUGUUUUCCAAUAGUGUGGGUGGGAAAGGGAGAAGAUCAGGGCUUAUAGCUCAUCCAAGACUGUAACUAGUGAAUUUGUACAACCAAAGAAGUCUAUUUUGUGGUUCAGGAAUAAUAAAGUUUACUUUUCAUUUAACAAAAA